ACUUUUGUGGCGAUUAAUGUGCCGGCCAUGAAAGGAUGCCGGUAUAGUAAUAAAAUUGCUUCUAUAUUUACAUAUGUGUACUAAUUUACAUACACUAAAAAUGAGAUAGAUCUGUAUUUAAAAAUUAGAAAAGGCGGAGGAAUGAAAAGUUAUUUGCAGAGAAGUAUUAAAAGACAUACAUUUGAAGAUAAAGCUACGAUUAAGAUAUUCAAUCUAUAUAAAUAAAAAACCACACUAGUUAAUUUUUGCAAGUUGAUGAUCAACACAACAAAUUGAUUAUCUUAAUACGUUGGCCAAUAAAGACCAAAGAAGAGGAAAAUUAUUUUAAUAAGCGCCCUUUACGUAGAGAUAAUCUCUACGUUGUGAAUUAUUGUAAACUAUGUAUGAAAGUGAUGAUGAAGAACCGCAAUUGAGCUCGAGUACGCUUGCUGCAUUGCAAGAAUUUCUUUGCAAGGAAAGAUUUGAGCAACAGAAUUUGCUGGAACUUGUAUCUGAGGAAGGUCAGAUACCAUCGAAUAUUCUGUUUGAUGAAAAUUGGCAAUUGAGUCAAUUUUGGUACGAUGACAAAACAAUAGAGGCUCUUGUUAGAGGUGCAUUAAAUUCUACACCAGCAAAUGGAAAAAUUGCUUUAAUUUCUUGUCCAACACUUUACAGUAAAUUGAAGAAAGAAUGUGAUAAAAGACAAAUUACAUUAUUUGAAUAUGACAGUCGUUUCAAAAUAUUUGGUGUGGAUUUUAUACAGUACGAUUACAAGUCCCCUCUAAAUGUGCCCAAAUGUAUGUCUAGUCAAUUUGAUUUGGUCAUAGCAGAUCCGCCAUUUCUUUCGGCCGAAUGUCUAACUAAAACAGCAGUAACGAUAAAGUUCUUGAUGAAGAAAAACAUUGUGCUCUGCACAGGAGCUGUCAUGACAGAAUUGGCAGAAAGAUUAUUGGACGUCAAAAGGUGUGAUUUUACUCCAGGCCACAGGAACAAUUUGGCGAAUGAAUUUUGCUGUUUUUCGAAUUUCAAUUUCGAUAAGAUGCUGGAAUAAGUGUAAACAGUAUCAGAGAUGUACAUUCAAAAGUAAAUUAAAAAGAUUGAUUUUUUAGAAUCAAUAGAAUUAAAUUUAAAUAUCCGGU